AAGCCUAUCGUUUCCCUGCAGCCGCCACCACCAGACCGACGCAGCGGCACGCGCGGAGGAGUCAAGCGCGGCGGGGCGAUGGCGCGCGGCGUGGCGGCGGCGGCGAAGGGCGGCGGCGGAAAGAAGAAGGGCUCAGUCACCUUCACGAUCGACUGCGCCAAGCCCGUGGAGGACAAGAUCAUGGAGAUCGCGUCGCUCGAGAAGUUCUUGCAGGAGCGCAUCAAGGUCGCGGGCGGCAAGGCCGGCAACCUCGGCGAGGGCGUCACCGUCUCCCGCGACAAGACCAAGGUCACCGUCACCUCCGACGGGCCGUUCUCCAAGAGGUACUUGAAGUACUUGACCAAGAAGUACCUGAAGAAGCACAAUGUGCGCGAUUGGCUUCGGGUUAUUGCGUCAAACAAGGACCGCAGUGUCUAUGAGCUCCGGUACUUCAACAUUGCUGAGAAUGAGGGUGAGGAGGAGGAUUAGACGCACUACCUUAUUUAUGGCAUGUAAACUUUGAACUUGUUGGAGCAGUUAUGCUGUAGCCUUUGAAGGGAUGAGUUUUGAUGUUUAAAUUGUCAGCUGAUGUUUGUAAGCGUGGUGAACUCAUGUGAUGCUUAGAUAAUCAAGUUGAAGAAUUGCUGGUUCA